AUGCCAUUAUCUGUCGCGGAUCUACUACCGAUACCUGAGGAGCGUCUACCAGCUUACGCUGUGGCGUUCUUUGUGCUCUACGUAUCGGCCCGGUCGCUGUUUAAUGUAGACCGAGCGCUUGCUAAAAUCUGGCCAUCGCUUGUGCUUUUCUUUGCCUACUACCGCUACCGAGUAGCGGUCACUCUUCCAUCUUUCAGUGUUUUGUUCCAGCUAUGGACGACAGUACAGCAGCGCGCGCCUGUUGUCGAGGCCGUAAUCGGCGACACGCUGAUUUUCAUUAUGCUUGUCACCACCUCUUCUUUUGCUGUGCAGACUGUCCGACGUCUGCGCUACGUGUCGCGCAAGCAUCUUCUUAAUGUGAUCGGUGGAGCCAUACUAAAAGCGCUUAAGCAAUUGCCUGUUGUGGCUAAUAAAGUGGCUAGCGAAAUGCUCAAGAUCGAGAAAGAAGUUGAGCUGUCACUCAAGGGUAAUAGUCCUCUUGAAGGGAAGAUGGAGAAACUCUAUUCUUUACCAGAUCAAGGCAUGGAUGACAAAAAACUGCUGGUACUUAUGAAGGAUCUUGCAGGCAACAGCGAUGACAAGUGGAAAGACGGACUCGUGUCAGGAGCGGUAUAUCACGGUGAAAAGGAGCACUUGGACGUACUGAACCAGGCAUCUGGACUAUUUGCAGUGUCGAAUCCGCUACACGCCGACUUGUGGCCAGCGGUGACUAAAUUUGAGGCAGAAGUCAUUGCUAUGACGGCAGAAUUAAUGAAUGGUGGACACUCGGAGGUCUGUGGAACGCUCACUUCAGGCGGGACUGAGAGUAUAUUUCUGGCGGCUAAGACGCAUCGUGAAUAUUAUCGCCAGAAACAUGGAAUCACAUCACCUGAGAUUAUUGCGUGUGUCACAGCGCAUGCAGCAAUCGACAAAGCCUGUGAAAUUCUUGGUAUUCGACUGAUCAAGGUGCCUAUGGACUCAAAGUCUCUUAAGAUAGAUCUAAAUGCCGUGCGCUGGAGCAUUUCAGCCAACACGAUCAUGCUCUACAGCAGUGCACCCAACUUUCCGCAUGGUAUUAUUGACGAUAUUGAAGGUCUUUCGCGACUUGCCGUGCAAUAUGACGUUGGUUUGCACGUAGAUUGCUGUCUAGGUGGAUUUGUGCUACCAUUUGCUCGGCAGCUGCGCCAAGAUAUCCCUGUGUAUGACUUUGCGCUGCCAGGUGUUACCAGUAUGUCGUGUGAUACUCACAAGUACGGUUACGGCUCCAAGGGCACGUCGGUGGUGUUGUACAAAAACUCGGAUAUUCGACGCUUUCAAUAUUUCUCGUACCCUGAUUGGACGGGAGGCCUAUACGCAACGCCAACGCUGGCAGGUAGCCGCCCAGGUGCUUUAAGUGCUGCCGCGUGGGCGUCGAUGGUGCGUCUUGGACGUGAGGGUUAUAUUCAGAAGACAAAAGGGAUUAUAGACACUGUGGAUGACAUCAAAGCGGGCAUUCAGCGCAUCGAGGGCAUUCACGUGCUGGGAGACCCCAAAGCGAUGGUGGUAAGCUUUGCCGGGGAUGAGGGUGUGAACGCGCUCAAAGUGGGAGACGCAAUGGCAAAACGAGGAUGGAGUCUUAAUUCUCUGCAGCAUCCUACGUGUGUGCAUUUAUGUGUGACAGUUUGUCACAUUGGGAAAGCGAACAAAUUUCUGAGUGCGCUGAAAGAAGCUGUGAAUGAAGUUAAGCAAGACCCAAAUCCAUCGCCAGAGGGUGGCAGUGCUAUCUAUGGUAUGGCCUCCAGCUUGCCAGCAGGACCUGUGGAUGACCUUUUGCGUAUCUACACGGACAUCACUCUGAAGGUGUAA